AUGAGCCCGUCGCGGUUUAUUUCGAGAGUUCGCGACGUCUUCGACAAGGCCUCCAACAAAAUCCGGCAAAGCCCCUCCUACCACGGCUCCAUCAUGCACAUCGAGCCACCUUCAGCCCAAAAGUGUAUGAUCGACCGAGACGCCGAAACAUCCCUCCGCUACCUGCGCGAGGUCAUCCGGAAUGGCAAAGCCGAAGUCAUCCCCUCAGCUGCGCAAGCCGUCCUGAACAGUCUAGUGAAUAGCAAGCACCGGAAAGACCCGGCUUUUCAAGACGCGCUCAUCAACCUCCUGAAAUUUGUGGACGCUCAGCUCAGCGGGCAGUCUACCUCGAAAAUUGAUCAAUUUGAAGGGAUGCGAAUGGUUGAUGAGCUUCAGAAGGAACUCCUUGCCAGCCGAUCCCGCGACCAAGCCGAAGAAUCGAUCUCAUCGUAUGAAGUGGAAGAACCUGACGAGGGAAUCGGGAGCUCGAUCUCAAACGCCAGCACUGGCCCGGAUACUGAACUCGAUGAUCUCUUAUGCCAAUUGAAUCUCAGAAAAGUCGCAAAAUUCGAGCCAAAAUUCCCGGAAAUCGACGCCGAUUCUGACGAUGAAGGCGGGGUCUUGACGGAAGAGCGGAAGGAGGAAAGAGCGGAGAAGCAUGGUCAGAAAACUUGCGAAGAGGAGGUGGAGACGCUUGCCGAUGGAACGGAAGUUAGAAGAAAGAAGACCCGGACGGUGAAUAUGUCACAAAGUAGUCGUCAGGUGGUGAUCAGCACCCGUGGCGGCAACGGCCCGAUGGUGUCGAGAAGAUUUGCGGACGGCAAGAACUCGAUGAACGACGAUACAGACUUCGAGACCACCGACUUUUUCAGCUCCCCCUUGGCGAGGAUGCGCCGGGAUCGGGCCAACUUUUUGGGGCCCGAAGAACCCUCAAUUGUCAAUGACGGCGAGAAGAAUGGGAGUGAGCCCGGACAAUCGCAGAAGACGAGGACGGUGGAAGCCACUAGCGAGAUUACACAAAGCGUUGCCCAGAAAACCCAGAAAAACGGCCGAACACUUGCUGAAAACGCCGCACACAAAAUUGAUACCACCGACUUGAAAGCGAAGCAGAUCGAUACCUUUAGGGACAAACAACUAAUCGACCGGAAAGGAGACGGAACUUAUGAAGAAGCCACAAUAGUCCGAGGAGGGCUGCCAGGAAUUGAGAGAAAUCCACAUGACUCCCCCGUAAAGAAGCACGUCGUGGAAUAUAUUCAGACGUUCGACACGAAGAAGGACCCGAAUGCCGACGAGUUUUUGAGGGGAACAACGCUGGCGACGUAUGUGCGGUUGAACGACAGCUUACGGCUACACGAGGAGCAGUUUCGGAAGAAGCUGACCUUCGAGUUCUCGACGUCGGGUGAGUUGGUUUUU